UGUUGUGCAGGAACAGGCACGACAUAUCUGAAACCCGCCAGCGGAACAAAUGAAAACGAAAAGUACUCUUUCCUGUGGAUUAAUUGAGGCGCGAGACAGUCAAACGAAGCGAGAGGCUCUUUAAGCGAAUUUGGAUCGACUGACGAGGAUCGGAACAUCGGCUACUGUUCGAUAACACCGCCGGAUGGUAUCUCCUGCUCCGCCGCUAAGGUUUGCUGGCUAAGCGAAACAGCCAAUAAUGUACGGCAUCUGCUCUGCAGCCACACCCACUUCCUGUCUGUAGAGGAAGCGGCUGUGCCAGCAUGUCCUCUCACCCCCAGUCUGUGCAGCCGGGCCGGAGGACUGUGGACACACGGCACCUGCCAAACCCGGCGAGUUUACCGCUGCAACGGGCACACACGGAAGUGGGACUGGUUGACUACCACUCUCAUCAUGCCAGGGACUACAGCUCCCACCUGGCUCAGCCCCAUCGCCGUCGACCCUCUUUACUUUCGGAGUUCCAACCUGGAAAUGAGAGGGGACAAGAACAGCAUAUCCGCUAUGAGCACAUGUACCUGCCGGAGCCCAGCGGCCAAUCAGAGGUGGAGUAUGCGGAGAUCAAAAGGCCUCGUCUAGAGAUGAACCCAGAGUCUCUGAUGAGGCCUUCAUCCCACCGGCCACAAUUGCCUCUCGGAGCGGCUGAUGAAAUGGCAAAGGACCGUGGAAUGGGGAAGCUGGAGCCGAUCUCCCCUGUGAGCCCGGUCCAUAUGGACCCUGACUUGGAUCUGGUGCCGGCUCGCUUCUCCAAGGAGGAGCUGAUCCAGAACAUGGACCGCGUAGACAGGGAGAUCACCAUGGUGGAGCAGCAGAUCUGCAAGCUUCGCAAAAAACAGCAACAGCUGGAGGAGGAGGCUGCAAAGCCACACGAGCCAGAGCGAAACAUCUCGCCACCACCCAGCGAGGCCAAGCACCGCAGCCUGGUGCAGAUCAUCUACGACGAGAACAGGAAAAAGGCAGAAGAGGCUCACAGGAUACUGGAGGGACUGGGACCCAGGGUAGAACUGCCUUUGUACAAUCAGCCUUCUGAUACCAAGCAGUACCAUGAGAACAUCAAAAUAAACCAGGCGAUGAGGAAGAAGCUCAUCUUGUACUUCAAGAGGAGAAAUCAUGCUCGUAAGCAGUGGGAACAGAAAUUUUGCCAGCGCUAUGACCAGCUGAUGGAAGCCUGGGAGAAGAAGGUGGAUCGCAUUGAAAGCAAUCCGCGGCGCCGAGCCAAGGAUAGCAAGGUGCGGGAGUACUACGAGAAACAGUUCCCAGAGAUCCGCAAGCAAAGGGAGCUACAGGAGCGCAUGCAGAGCCGUGUUGGGCAGAGAGGAGGUGGGCUGACCUUGUCUGCAGCUCGCAGUGAACAUGAGGUCUCCGAGAUCAUUGAUGGAAUAUCAGAGCAUGAGAACACAGAGAAACAGAUGCGGCAGCUGGCGGUCAUCCCUCCGAUGCUUUUCGACGCUGAGCAGCAGCGCAUCAAGUUCAUCAACAUGAAUGGAUUGAUGGAUGACCCCAUGAAGGUGUACAAGGACCGGCAGGUUAUGAACAUGUGGAGCGAACAGGAGAAGGACUCUUUCAGAGAGAAGUUCAUCCAGCACCCCAAAAACUUUGGUCUGAUUGCGUCUUUUCUGGAGAGAAAGACGGUGGCGGAGUGUGUGCUCUUUUACUACCUGACCAAAAAGAGUGAAAACUACAAGAACAUAGUGCGGAGGAACUACAGACGCCGAGGAAGAAGCCAGCAGCAACAGCAGCAGCAGCAGCAGCAGCAGCAACAACAGCAACAACAGCAACAACAACAACAACAACAGCAGCAGCAGCAACAACAACAGCAGCAGCAGCAGCAGCAACAACAACAAGUGCAACAACAAGUGCAACAACAAGUGCAACAACAAGUGCACCGGGGCAGCCAGGAUGAAAAGGAAAAGGAGGAGAAGGAGAAGGAGGGAGAGAGGGAUGAAGAAAAAAAUGAAGCUGAAGACAAGGAAGAUGGAAUGAAGGACGACACCUCUGGAGAAGAUGCAGAGGACAAAGAGCCUACUGUGGCGUUUAAGGGUCGACGCACAGCCAACAGCCAGGGGCGCCGCAAGGGCCGAAUCACCCGCUCUAUGACCAGUGAAGUGGAGGAGACCACCACACCCCCACUCAAUGAGCUUGCUAAUCUGGAGAUGAAUGAGAGCUCUCGCUGGACUGAAGAAGAGAUGGAAACUGCCAAAAAAGGCCUCCUCCAGUAUGGUAGGAAUUGGUCUGCCAUCGCCAAGAUGGUGGGAUCCAAAACUGUGUCACAGUGCAAGAACUUUUACUUCAACUACAAGAAGAGGCAGAAACUGGAUGAGAUCCUGCAGCAGCAUAAAAUGAAAUCGGAGAAAGAGCGAAAGGCCCGUCGUAAGGGCAAAGCCCUGCAGAAUGAGGAGACCAGUGCCCCGUAUACAGCAGAGGAGGAGGAGAUGGAGGGCUCAGGAGCCAGUGGCAAUGAAGAGGAGGCCCCUGAAGAUGGAGAAGGUGGAGCCAACAACAGCUCUGAUACGGAGAGCUUGCCCUCACCACACUCAUCAGAGGACAGCAAGGCUAAGGAGGAAGGCGCGAGCAGGUCAAAGGCCAGCUCCACCACUGGGGACAAGGAGGUGGCCGGGUCAGACGCGGGCCAGGCAGGGGAUGAGAAGCCUCCAGUCAAGGAAGAUGCAGAAUCAGUCAUCAAGCAGGAGAUAAAGACUGAGACAGGGGAGCCCAGCAAAGAACAACUGCAGCCAACUUCACCCAGCGAUGCCAUUGAUAAAAAACCUCCUACUGCAGAGCUGGAAGAAGGUAAAAGCUCCAUCAAGAGCUCCAAGAAGGACCACGGGCCCAGAACAGGUUCCCAUGGGGACAGUGACUCUAGUGACACGUGCAGCGCUGAUGAAGUGGAGGAGACGGACAACACAGACAAGAACAGAAUGACUUCUCCGCGGCCAAGUCUCCUGAACUACACUCAUGAUGGGGUCAUAUCCUCGCCGCUGCAGAAGCCCCUGGACCUGAAACAGCUCAAACACAGGGCCGCUGCCAUACCACCGAUUAUACCAGAAGCCUCCAUGCAAGGCAUUCAGCGCAGCGUAGGUGGCAAGGCAGUGCUGCCCCCUCAUGCCCUGGCAUUGUACCAGCAACAGAUCACCAUGGCUCAUGGGGAGUCAUCUCAGGAAGUAAAAUUGCAGCAGCAGCAGCAGAUUCCAGGCCAGCCAGGCAAACAGCAGCCGUACACCUUGCAGGCAGACAGAGACAGGGAGGCUCUUCACAGCAGCAGUCCUCAUAUCCGCCCGCGCAGCCCCUCCACCAGCGACAAGGAUGAGCUGGAAGGCAACGAGAGGUGGUUACUGACCCUCCUGCAGGGAUUAAAAAAGUCCCGGGCUUUCUCCCCGCACGGUGAAGCCAAGAAGCAGGUGUUGGGCCCCGAUGACCUGAGGACCUCCACCGUGGGCCGACCAGUCCUCUCCCCCUACCCCAUGUCCCCACGAGACAUGGCCAAGAUUAGUCAUGACCAACACCUGCUCCACUUCAACUCGUUCCAGCAAACAGGCCACCCCUCACUCCCUAAUCUGCCACAGGACAGUGGAAGGCUAGCAGCAGUGAGGCCCCUCACAAUGCCAGAGCCACCACCACUCAUUUCCUCCACCAAGCCAGGUGGCUCCAUCACACAGGGCACCCCAGUGCAGUUGCACAGCCCAGCCCAUGGGUUGGACCAUGGUAGGAUGACCCCCACGCAGAUGGGUUUGUCUUGGAUGGACCAAAGGAAAGUGGCCGGUCCUUUUCCUGUGAUAAAGCAGGAACAGUUGUCCCCUCGCAGCUCGUCCUCUCAAUCAGAUAACCUGCAAAGCCAGGGGUCGCCUCAUGAUAGUGCUGCUGGACGUGGUUCUAUUCCAGCUGUCCAGGGGGGCAGUAUCACAAAGGGUAUCCCAGGGAGCAGAAUGCAUCCAGAGUCCUCCAUCUCCUACCGAGGGGGCUCCAUCACUCAGGGGACGCCAGCUGAUGUGCUGUACAAGGGAACCAUAACCCGUCUGAUCACAGAGGACAGCGCCAGUCGAGCUGAGAGGGAACGGGAUGAGGCACUUUCCAAAGGCCACGUGGUCUAUGAGGGCAUCAGUGGGCACAUUCUCACAUAUGACCGCCCACCGUCUCAGACCCCUAAAGAUGAAGGCAUUCUCGGCCUGAAGCGUCCGUAUGACAUAAUGGAGGGAGGUAUCUCAAGAGGGCUGCCCUUGAGGGAUUCACUGUCUGCUGCCAACCUUGAAGGUCUGAUUGGGCGAGCCAUGCCUCAUGAUAGGGACAGUCCUCACCACACAUCUUACAAGGAUGCUCACCACAUCCGUGGCUCCAUCUCACAAGGUAUACCUCGUCACCUGGACCCUCAGGAUGGCUACCUGAGGAGGGAGCCGAAGCAGAUGAAGAGAGAGGGCUCCCCACCCCGUGGGCCCGGUUCCCUUUCUGACCCAAUGAAGGGCAGAGAGUCCAUGGUGCCUACCGUGAAGGAGGCUGGUCGCUCCAUCCACCUCAUUCCCAGGGAGGAGCUCAGACAGCCUGCCAAGGAGGGCAUCAUGGCACAGGGAACCCCCAUGAAGCAGGAGGCAACUGGUUCAGGGAAACGUCACGAUGUCCGCUCCAUUAUUGCCAGCUCACCACGUUCCUACCACAAUGCACCCUCCCACAUGGAGAUGCGUGCUGAGAGGGGCCGCUACGACGAGGUACCAAAAGGGCGGCCCAGUGCGGUGGUCAGCACAUCUAGCCCUAUAGCCCGCUCUUCUCCCCUUACACUGGGGUCAGAGCAGGGAAGCAAAGCUCAUCAUAGUCCAGUGAGCUACGAGGACAAAGGCGCCUUAAGGGCCCCUUACCCCGGGCCUUCACAUCGUGGCUCGCCUCUGUCCAGGGAGGCAAGCCAAAGGCAGCAUGAUGGUUCGAGUAAGAAUCCGCCUCAGGAGCGUAAAUCCACACCAACCCCGAGGGAAAUGAGUGCCACCAAAUCACCAAAUCUCCAGGGUGUUCCAGAUCAACAGACCUAUGAGCGGCUGCUGCAGGGUCUUGGGGCUGCAGACGUGUAUCGUCAAAUCCCCAUAGCCUUCGACCCUGCGUCGCUGCCCCGCGGGAUCGCCAUUGACCCAGCGGCCUACUACUUGCCUCGCCACCUAGCGCCCAACCCGGCGUACCCCCACCCCUACCCCUACCUCAUCCGUGGCUUUCCUGACACUACGGCCCUGGAAAACCGCCAGACACUGCUCAAUGACUACAUCACCUCCCAGCAGAUGCACCAGUGGCCUGCAGCCGCUGCCAUGGCUGCCCAGCGCUCAGACCUGCUGAGGGGCCUUUCUCCACGAGACCAGCCCAUUCCUCUAACCUACUCCGCAGCCCCGCGAGGGAUCAUCGAUCUUUCUCAGGUGCCGCACUUACCUGUCCUGGUCCCUCCCUCUGCAGGGGCAGCCGGCUCCCCAAUGGAUCGCAUCACCUACAUCCCCGGAGGAACCGCCACCUUCUCUGGCAGGCCUUACACCACCUCCCCCAUCUCACCAGUUGGACCCUCACACAUAAGCAAGAUGCAGGGCGCAUCUUCAGACCGUGAGCGCGAAAGGGACCGUGAGCGUGACCGAGAGAGGGAGAGGGACCGGGAGAGAGACCGAGAGCGGGAAAGAGAGAGGGAGCGGGAACGCGACCGAGAGAGGGAACGGGAGAGAGACCGUGAAAGGGACCGAGACAGAGAACGAGAGCGCGACAGAGAGAAGGGCGGGUCACUUGGAAAUGUGGAGCACGCCCCCAUCUGGCGACCAGGUACAGAACACAGCUUGGCAAGCAGUAGCAGCAGCAGUGCGAGACCUUCCUCCCAACCGUAUAGCCACCAGCACUCCCCAGUGUCCCCCCGCAACCAGGAGACCGUGCAGCAGAGGCCAAGUGUCCUGCACAACACUGGGGGCAAAAGUCUUUCCAUCAACGAUCACUCCAGCUCGUCUGUGUUUCGGUCCAUAUCCUCAGGAAUGGCCCGCUACCAAGGUUAUCCUGGCCACCUCCAAAGGACAGGUAUGCCCCCUGAGGCCUACCCACCUGUCAUGGACUCAAAUGUAGCCAAAGAGCAGAGUCGCGAUGGAGGGAAAAACAGGGGCGGUCUACCCAAGCACUUGCAGGACCAGCACGGGCCCUCCAGUAAAUCUGACCCAAAGCUGUCCUGCCCCAGCCCAGGAGGAAUGUACCCAGGUUCCUAUCCCUCGGCUCCAGGGCGGCCGCAGCACCUGCUCCCUCCCCAGUCGGAUAACCCUCCUGGUCGUGGAGAAAGCGGUACACCUAGUAGGGAAAAGACUCAAAACAAAGCGAUGUCCAUUCAGGAACAAGAGCUCCGAGUACUCGGUAAGACCACCAUGACUGCGGCCAACUUCAUAAACGCGAUUAUUAUGCGUCAAAUUUCUUGUGAAACGGAGAUGGCAGAGACGGGCUCGCUUGUUGCUAGCAGCGCCACUGAUGCUCAACAGAAGAUGGAGCCACACAGUCUAUACCGUGCUCCGUCUGAGGAGAGACUGUCUCCAGGCCAACGGCCCCCAUCCCCCUGCCUUAAAGGCAGCCAGAGGGUGGUCACCCUGGCACAGCACAUCAGUGAGGUGAUAACUAAGGACUACACCAGGCAGAGCCAGCAGCAGCAGCAAAGCUACCACGGCUCUCCUGUCCUGGACUUGACCCGUCCACCCAGUGCCUCCCAGCCCCCGCCCAUUUCACAGGAGUCUGUCCAAGGGUCCCGAUACCCAGAGAGCCUCGGUGGAGAACGCAACAGAGAGCGGUCUCCUCCUCAGCCCAAAACAUCUCCUGUUAGUGUUUCAAAUGAUGGCAUUGAACCAGUGUCUCCAGCUGGAGCCAGUUCCGAACCUGAGGUCCAGGGAGGAGCCUCUUACUCUGAGCAGGGAGAGCAAGGAAUGGGCUCCCGUUCCCCUCCCAAUGCCGCCCAGCCUCCAGCUUUCUUCAGCAAGUUGACAGAGAGCACCUCAGCUAUCGUCAAGUCCAAGAAGCAGGAAAUGAUCAAGAAGAUGACGGUGGUCGGAAAUGACGGUGAUUUCACUACUGGUCAGCCAGGAACGGAGAUCUUCAAUAUGCCGGCGUCUACAACUGCAGGACCCGUGAGUGUCCGCUGCCAUCCAGCUCCAGAGACACCUGGUAACUCAAUAGGCCUGGAGGCCAUUAUAAGAAAGGCCUUAAUGGGCAAAUACGAUGACCAGGCUGAGGAACGCUCACCAGCCAACGCUGCCGGCCAGAUGGGGUCAGCUGUGUCUGCCGGUCUGCCUGUUGCCGACGGACGCGCCGAAGACUUCUUCUCACAAGGUGGGGGAAAGUCGUCAAAGGGCAGCGGGCGCUCUAAUGGGCGGAAGGCCAAAUCUCCAGGACCCGGCCUGUCGGCGGGCGAGAGGCCGUCCUCCGUUUCCUCAGUCCACUCUGAGGGAGACUGCAACAGACGAACUCCUCUAACUAACCGUGUCUGGGAGGAUCGGCCUUCGUCCACAGGUUCAACUCCAACUCCCUUCCCGUGUAACCCGUUGAUAAUGCGUUUCCCCAGCGGUACCGUGUCGGCUCCCUCGCCCUCCUCUGGCCAACUGGGGGGACCGGGACCAGGACCAGGUCCUGGACCUGGACAAGGUCGGUCCUGGGAGGAGGAGCCCAAGCCUCUGCUCAUGUCUCAGUACGAGACCCUGUCUGACAGCGAGUGACCCGGAAAAAUCAAUCGUACCACAAGACCCACAACAGUCAACCAGCUCUGCGCUGCUGCAGACACACACACACACACACACCUACACACACAUACACACCUACCUGGUGAGGCAUCUGCUAACCCACCCACACCAUUCCAAUCUGCAUUUCCUCCGACAGUCGUCAAGCAAGGAUUAUGUCCUUCGCCUUUCACACAUGAGACCCCAAGCAGCAACGAACUCAGAGACUGCUGCUCCGUGUGUGUGUGUGUGUGUGUGUGUGUGUGUGUGUGUGUGUGUGUGCAUGUGUGUGUGUUUGCACUUAUGUGUUAUGCAUUCACUCCAGGACUACUCUAAAGGACAAAUCACUUUUCUUUUUUUUUUGCUACUCUUCCUCACUGGCCUUAUCAAUAUAGACACACUGACCUGCACCUGUACUCCAAUGUUGCUGACCGGGACUCCACGGUCAUGUUGUUGGUUUGGUCAGGAGCCUGACGACGGCUGCUCCAAUGACCGCUGACCUGAGAACAGUGGUGCGCACAGCGAGGGCCCUCUCCCGUUUCUCCAAAGUGAGCGCCAGGUGCAGGCGGCCUGUGCACCGCGACCACUACAGGAACACGUGCCGGGCGACGGGAGGAGGAUGAACAUCUGGUUUUGGUUCGUUGGUUUGCUCCUUUUUAAAGUCGGUUAGUCCAGUCCUGUGUUUGGAACGUGAGCUGAGACCUUUAGUACAUUUCGAUGGUGAGCUUUUAAUGGUGUCAUUUGUUGUCUAUUAUCUGAAAUGAUGUAUCUUUUUUGGGAUGAGGGUGGGGGUCUGAGAUUGUUGUGGGGGAAGGGUCAUAUCAUUGGUUUACAGGGUAAACAUGCUGUUCAUUACUGAUGUUGUCAUAUAUUAGGGGGGGGGGGGGUCCUGAGGAACAGCGGAGGCCUGUUGACCUCAGCCAUACUCAUUGUGAGAGAUGAUUUUCCAGAUGGAUGGCAGUGAAACAAGUGACACUUUCUCACUGUUUUUAUAUUAAUCAUGUCUGUGUUUGUUGAAACAGUUUUUGGAUAUUAAGCACUUAGUUGUCUGUCUGGUCACAAUGGCAUUUUUAAGAAUCUGUGUUUCCUGGGGCAGAUGACAAAUAGGACUCCCCCUGCGGAGGUUUCCUUCAACACCCGUCGGUUUAUUUUGAUCUUGCCACCGAUAUUCUUUCUCGCUCCCACACUCAAAGCGACAAUCACAUUUUAGUGAACGAUGACGAAGCCGCUUCGAGCCGGCGCACACCGACCUUUAAGUUGCUCAAAUGCAAACUCCUCAGCGUCACUCACAGUUUGUUUGCAUUGAAGAAGGUGACAAAAAGAAGCCAUCUUUCUAUGACCUGUGGUCCAUGGCGGCGUCAGCUUCAGCUGGCCUGUCCGAAUCUCGUCCAGGAGCUGUUGUGACGGUCUGACCUCUGACCUUUUACUGCCUAGAGCAGGAGCUGAGACCCAACUCCUCAUCCAAGCAGAUUUUGUACAGUUAUGAGAUAUUCCUAGUGUUAAGUGCCAUUUAUUUUACAUAUACAGUUCUGAAGUUACCAAGUGACGCACAAUUUUUCUUUUAGCCCCCCCAUGGCAGAGUUUAUACUGUCCACACAGGGACAUCUGAAAACACAACAGCAAAUGAAACAUCAUCAUCACAUUUUUUUUGUUUUUUAAACUUAUUUUGUUUGCAUUUUUUCUUUGCUUUUAAGUCCAUCACAACCUGAGCUUUUAACCGUUUCACUCAUUUAUCUCCAGACCAGACGAUGCUGUAUCACAGGGCCGCUGUCGCCUCCACUCUGAGGCCAUGGCAUCCUUCAAGUGCCCUCCAUUGCACGCCUUGUGUCUGUCGGGGUCAGGAAGGCGUUCGGAAGCAUUCUGGUAGUUUGGUGUAACAUUAAUUGACGUGUUCUCACAGUUUACUGCAGUAUUUUAAAGGUCCUCUGUGUAAAUGAUGUGAAAUGGUUCAGACUCGCCUCUUUCUGCACUUCACUUAGUCACAGGGGACUCACACACACGACUGUUAACGGACUGCCUCCUCUCCCCUCGUCAUUCAUUCGAUCUGCCACGCCUGCAGAAAGCGUGUUUUAGGUCUGAUUUUUGUAAUUAAUAAAAAAAGAAGAUCAAUGCCCACGGAGUUUUGUAAUUUCAUCAGGCGAGGCAACAAAUCCAGCCCGGCUGUGUACAUGAAUCACUCUGCGUGCAUAUCGUUUGUCCUCUGAUGAAAUUUAAGAAUGUGAAGGUAAUCAGACUAAGCCAUAUCUAGCUGUUUCCUGAACCCAUGAUGGACUAAUACAUAGUUUUUAAUAUACUGAAAUUAUUUUUAAAAUAACUCUGUUUAGUUUUUCAAUCAUGUCCCGACUCUUAAGUAAUCAUUCAAAACGUGAAAAGACAGAUAUUUGCUUCUGUGUUCCCUGGACUGUCGAAUGGGGGUGGGUUUGUCAUAAACAGUACAUUGUUCAAGCAUUUUGUGCAUAAUGAAUUUUUUUUAUAACCCACUGUAUAAUAGCAAGGAUUGUAUAUAAAACUGAAGAGAUGUAAAUAUUUAUGUGGCUUGCUUCAAGGUUGGUAUUACAAAAAAAUAAAAUUAAUAUUCACAUGGUUAAAUUCUACAUGCCCACCAGCAAGCUUUGUGGAUAGCAGUGUAAAAAUGGAAAACAAAAAAGACACUGCCUUCAUGUUUAAAUAAAAAGCGUAUUGCCAUU